AUGAGGGCAGUAGCAGGAGAGGCUAAAGUGAACAACGACAAGAGCAAGAAUGAAAUGCGGGAUCUAGGAACGAGGUACGACUGGUUGUUGGUGGUGUUGGAGAAAAGAAAGAGGCAGCAAAAGACCGUAGGUGGCGCCCAGCAGGUCAGUCUCCGGAACGCCCAAAACAAGACCGAUGACGUCCGCGACGGAAGCAGGGUAUCGCAGAAAGGUCCGGCUGAGGUUCCAAAUUUCAGGGAAGAGGCCCGUCACGCUUACCUAACAGUCGAUGGGAGAAUUUCUCCCCAGAGGGGCACUACUUACUAUUAUGAAUCGAUGCUCAAGCGCCAGCAACAGUCAAUGGGUAAAACUUCUGACCAUGAAGCUGACUCCUGCUCUAUGGGCUGUCAUGAUGACCGUUUGACAGAUUUCCCUUCCUAUGCCAAUAUUAGCAUCGAGGAGUUUCAGCACAGGAAAUUUGCACGGGGUGCCAACGCAGCUAGUGCUCGGCCGAGGCCAUGCUGCCUGACAGGAGGGGAGAGGUCUUAG